GAAAUGAUCAAGCUUUGAGAUAAACAGCUUGUGUUGUUUUUCCCAGUUUAUGAACAGGAUUAGUUUCCCCCCUCAGAGUGUUUCAUUCCCAGUCCCUGAUUGGAACAGGGAGAGUGGAUUCCCAGAAUGUUGCUGAUCCUUUUCUCCAUCUCCCUGGGUUUUUCCUGGGUCUCUCCCGACACUAACUCACUGACUGUCAUAUACACGGCAACCUCUGGCAUUCAGGAUUUUCCCGAGGUUUCUAACAUUGCGGUUGUCAAGGGAGUUCAACUGAAUUAUCAUGACUCUAACAGCAAACGGAUGAUCCCCAGACAGCGGUUCAUGGCAGACUUUUUCAAUGCGGAAUAUUGGGAUAAUCUCGCAGAUGUAGGGAAUAGAAAAUCGGACAUAGCAAAGGAGAAUCUGAAGGCAAUGAUGAAGAGCACAAACCAGACAUCCGGAAUCCACAUUUUCCAAUGGAUAACAAUUGUUGAGGUCACUGAAGAUGGCUCCAUGAAGAGAUCGAUGCGGUUUGGAUUUGAUGGAAAGGACUAUAUUAGUUUAGAGCCAGGCAGAAUGAGAUGGGUCGCAACCAAUCACAUUGCAGUGAAGACUAAGGAGAAAUGGGACGCUGAUGAAUCUUGGAAUCAACUUUGGAAAGAGCAUAUGGAACAAGGAUUUGUUAGACAUUUACGGUUAUAUUUGCAAGCUGGAAAGGAAUAUUUUGAAAGGAAAGUUCAGCCUGAAGUAUUCAUCUCCAGAAGUGACCCCAAUAGUCAGUACAAGCCGCUCACUCUCUCCUGCCUGGUUACUGGGUUUUAUCCUGUAGACAUCGAGGUGAGCUGGCUAAGGAAUGGAGAGGUAAUGUCUGAGACACUAUCCUCGGGGGUUCGACCCAAUCACGAUGGGACCCAUCAGAUCCAGAAAGAGAUUGAAAUAAAUGCUGGGGAUGAGGAUCAAUACUCCUGUCAAAUUGAACACAGCAGCCUGGCAGAGACCCAGCUCUAUCAGUGGGAAAUCCCAGAACACAGUGGAGAUCUACUGUAUCUUGGAAUUGUAACAGGAUUAGUGAUCGCUGGAAUUUUUAUGUUCGGGAUAAUUGGAAUGUUCAUUUGGAAAAGGCAACAGAGAGAUUCACCAAAUGUGAACUACACAACAGCUCAGAGUAAUUGACUGAGGGACAGAUUGUUGGGAAUGAAAUAGGAGGGAUUGAAAGUUGUACAAUUACAUUCUCCUGGGAAUUCUCUGGAAGGGGAUUCUCGAUCCCACAGAGAAACAAUCUGAAAGAUGUGAAUGGUCUUUGAAGUUGUUCUUCCAGAUUUCACUCGGUUCCUCUGAUAAUCCGACAGCAACAGGGAAGUUAUGGAACUUGUUCUGUUGUGUUUGUGAAUUAUUUUACAAUCUUGAUGAACAUUAAUCGCACCGAAUAUUGAAAUAAUUAUCAGAGACUUUGUUACUUUCACGAGGUUGACUGGGUCAGUCUAGAAUUGGGGAUCAGAAUAGAGGCAUCUCCAGUCCCUCCCUUUCCACUCCCUCCUUCCCCACACCCUCCCUCUCCACUCCCUCCCUCUCCACUCCCUCCCACGCCACUCCCUCCCUUGCUACUUCCUUCCUCUCCACUCCCUCUCCAC